AGGGGGAAUCACCGGAAUGUAGAGGGUGAGAGGUUACCCUGUUGUCAACCUUGGGUUCAGUUCCUUUCUGAGGGGAAGUUCAUGGAGUGCACAUUGACUGAAGAAAGUUAGGAUGAAUUUCUAUAUCAAGGGGUCUUUUGAAAGUGUGGUUUAGAGAUCAAAAUGAUGGGGGUGCUACAGACACCAAAAGUUGGGGUUCAGUCACGUGAGGAAUUCACAAUGGCCGUUCUCUUUGGCAAAAAGUAGAUUUAGGGGAAGGGGUUACAGACAAAGUGAAGGGACACAAUAAACACCAGGAAUGGUAAAUAGGAAAGACUGGGAGAGCAUAGAAAGGUUUUAAUAAUUAAUGAUUAUUAAUGAUUGCCAGGAGAAAGGAAACAUGCCAUGAGGUUGGGGUGCCCUUGGCUGGCGGGCUCAAAUCCUGAAAAGGACAUAGCUCCCCCAAAGAGCGAGCUAGCUAUGAGAAGUGUGGUUGGGAAGCUAGGAGUUAGGGGAGAUACCAUGUAGCAUGGGGGAAGGGGGAAAGGGAAGGCAGCAGUCAUGGGAUGGUCCAUUAAUAGAUUUCAGAGGGAAAAUUCAAACUCGGAGCCAUGACUGGGAUUUCUGAGCGGAGCUGGCAAGGGGAGACUGCUGAAGCCCUCUACAGAGGGUGGUCUCGGGGAUCUGACAUAACUUGGGUUUUGGACAUGGGUGGGACCCGGAGCUAAACUGAUCUCUCUCCGAGCCUUUGGCCUGCCUGCCUCGGGGCUCUUCCGCUUCUCUGUGUCCAGCGUACCAUUCGGGACCUCCUCAAAAGGACUGGCUAACUUCCCGAGCCUGGGCCAGCCUCUCUUCCUCCUGCUGCAUCCUGAGCCUAGUUUAUUGCUCCUCUGCAGGUCCUGCACCAGAUAGAGGCACUGAGGGGCUGGCACACCGCGGGUCAAAGGACGGUCCUGGGGAGGGAAGGGCAAGGGGUGGGGAGUCUGGAUUUUCUGCUUGACCUGAAAGUUAAGGGCUGGGAAGAAGGAGGGCCCUCCCCAGGCAGCCAUCCAGCCUGACGCAGGGAGUGCUCUCCUACUGAAAGCUGCAGCAGCCCCAGUCCCUGGAUUUCCUGUCCAUUCACUCCCCAGCCAGAAGGGACGCUGUCUGCGAGAGGAGAACCAUGGCUCCAAGGAAGGCCUGGAUAAUCGCGGGAUGCGUGGGGGCACUUUCGGUGAUCGCCAUUGUCCUUGGUGUCACCCUCAGCCAAGGCCUGAGCUUCCAGCCAGGUUGUGAGAGCUGUCGCCCUGACGGUGACAUGAUGGACUACCUCCUGGACACCGGGCACAUCAGCCACAGGGACGGCCUGCUGGUCACCUGGUACCACGCCGCCAACAACCGGAGUGAGAUGGAGAAAGCCCUGAACAGCGAUAUCAUGGUCUUGGAAGCAGACGUCAACGUGGAAGGGCUGAACACGCCCAAUGAGACGGGGAUCCCCAUCAUGGCCCACCCUCCCAUCAUCUACAGUGACAACACCUUGGAACAGUGGCUGGAAGCUGCUUUGAACAGAUCUAACAAAGGCAUCAAGCUGGAUUUCAAGAGCAUCAAAGCGGUCGGUCCUUCUCUGGAUAUCUUGAGGAAACAGACAGAGAAGGGCAGAGUCCAGAGGCCCGUGUGGAUCAAUGCCGACAUCCUGAAUGGCCCCAACGUCCCCAUCCCGAUUGCUGUCAACGCCUCCCAGUUCCUGGCCUUGGUCCAAGAAAAGUACCCCAAUACCACCCUGUCCCUGGGCUGGACCACUCUCUACAUCGCCUCCGCUCCCAACAGAACCUAUACCCACCACAUGAUUGAGAGCAUGCACAAUCUGGUGAAGGCCCUGCCCCAGAAGGUGACCUUCCCGGUGCGGGCCGUCAUGGUGAGAGCUGCCUGGCCUCAUUUCAGCUGGCUCCUGAGUCAGUCCGAGAGGUACAGCCUGACCCUGUGGCAAAGUGCCACAGACCCCGUGACUGUGGAUGACCUUCUUUACAUACGGAAACACAGUGCCGUACACCAAAUCUACUAUGAUCUUUUUGAGCCUCUACUGUCACAGUUCAAGCAGCUUGCCCAAAAGAGGUCUAGUUCAUGCAGGGGCUGAUCUAUCAUGAGCAAAGAUCUAAAGCCUGGAGAACAAUGGGUCCUGGGACUCCAGAAUCAUUUGUCAACCCAUCACAAGGAGAGCUUCUCUACCGUCUCCCAAGAAAAUCAGGAGAGAUCACUGAACUUCAGAGCUAGAAGAGAGACCUCAAUGGACAUCAAGUCUGGUCCAUCCCAGAAUAAGAAUCACUACUCCAGAGACCCUGCUCAACAGUCAUCUAUUCAUUCUAUCUUUUUUUAUAUACAUUUUGUUUCUAAUUAGUGAUGGAACUUCUUAUCUCCUCCAGUGAAGUGUAAGCUCCUUAAAGGCAGGAAUUUUUGCUUUUCUUUGUAUCCAUAGUAUUUAGCACAGUGUCUGGCACACAGUAAGAACUUAAUAAAAUUUUUUGAAUGAUU